AUGGCACACGGCGCGUGCGGGCGCGGCCGAAAAGUGGCCCGGUGCGCGGGGGCGGGUGCUUCAAACAGCGCCAAAGCGAAAAACAAACGCAAAUUUUAUUCGUUGACAAGCCCCGGGGGCGGUUGUAGCUGUCUGCGCGCCCGGUGCCCCGACAACACACUUCCUAUUACAAUAAACACUCAUCCAGUGGAGCUGGAGGAGGCGCGGUCGCCGGCGGCGGCUGACGUCGCGGCGCCCGUGUCCGCCUCCGCGGCGCCGACGCCGGGCGCAGACUCGCCGUCCCCCGCCCCCGAGCCGGAGCACCUCGCGCCCGACGCCUCCGCCUCCGCAACGGUGCCUUCUUCUACGUCCUCGUGUUCCGCCUCCGACGAAGAGCGGGGGCGGAGCAGCGACGGAGGCGGCGGCGGCCCCGUCCAGACAGACCCCGCCCUCUGCGCCGCCUCCGACGAUAGCCCCCCGGCGGUGGCCGCCACGCUGGGCCUUCAGGGACUGCUCAGGGUCCGCGCACUCGUGGCAGCGGCGGCCAUCGCCGCGUCGCCCGACCCGCCGGGCGCGGGGGCGGUGACCCCCGAGAGCGGGGGCGGCUCGGGGCCGGCCUCCUCCGCCUCCGCACAGCGCUGCGGGGCGCGUUGGGAUGCGCGGCGACGCCCGGCGUCGUCCGUCACGGCGGCGCCAUCGCUCAGCGACGCUCCUGAGGACGCGGGCCGCGCCCCGGCGCCCGCCGCCGCGACCACGCUUUGCUUUUAA